AUGGAUAUCGAUUUAAAACAAGUAUUUUCAAUUCUUGACGAAAACGACGAAGGUCAAAUUCAAUUACGACGUUUUGUUGACGUUGCUAAUAAUUAUUAUUCUGACGCUGAACAACUUGCGCGUAUUACAAAAGCAUUAGAUCCGACUAAUACUGGUUUAAUCAAUUUUGAACAAUUUUGUGAAGGUAUUGCUCAAAUAAGUUCAUUGCAAGGUUUAACAUUAAAAGAAGUUGCAUCCGAUUUAACACGUCGUAGUCGUGAAAAUUCAUUAGUUGAAGAUUCUGAUCGACGAAGUUUGAAAACGAAUAAUGGUUUUGAUUUCUCUUCCCUAUCUUCUUGGCCUAACCUUAUACAAGAAGAGUAUCAAGAAGGCAUACAACGAAUACAAAAAAAACCUAAUAAUCAGAACAGUAAUCGAAAUAAUCAAUCAAUUUCACCAAGAUUAGAAUCACCAUUUUACGGUGACGAUGAAGAAUUUGUAGCUGAGCCAACUUCCAGUAUCUACUCAACUGACACUGCACAUCCUCGAGCUCCAGUUCAACGUAUCCCUCAACCGUUCAAACGAAAUAAUUAUUUGCAACCCGUUAUAUCACCCGAACAACCUGAACAACAAUUACAAGAAACAGUAUGUAGAAAUUUUAUUCGAACAAGAAAGUUAUGAAUAUUAAUUUUUUU